GCUCUCUUGUUUAUGGUCUGGUCUCAGAUCUUUUCAACAUGGAUGGAUGCAUCUUUUCCUCUUAUAGGACCUCUGACAUCUGAGAAACUUGGCUAAACUUAGCUGUUAUAUAUACUCUCCACAGUGUGUAGAUGUUUGGGCUUAUGCUGUAGGUGACUGCGAGGCCGUAGUAAUACCAUUCACUUUGACUACAUGCUUAAGAAUGACGGAGCAAGUUUGCAGGUUGCAUGGCAAGCUGAUUUGAUGCAUGAGAUUUGCAUGAGCACAUUCAGGCUCUUUGUGGAAUUUGGAGCGAGUGUCUGCAGUCAUGGCCCAAACCAUGCACAUUAACGGCAACGCCUCAGAAAAAGAUGAAGAUGAGAAGGACCCCUACUGCUUGGAAACCCCAUAUGGGUAUCAGCUAGACCUGGACUUCCUUAAAUAUGUAGAUGACAUUGAGAGGGGCAACACCAUCAAGAAGCUGAACAUCCAGAGGAAGCCAAAAGUGGUCAGGACUGUUCCGCCGCCUCGGAGCAGUUGCAGUGGCCACACUGAGUGGACAUCAACAGACUCCUUGUCCUCUUCCAACAGUGAUGAAUGCAAACAGUCACCAGUCUAUUUCACGUCUCAGAACCAGGUAGCCCCUCCUGGUCAUACUGCCCAAGUCCAUGAAGUUCCCCAACCCUUUGUGAACGUCCCUGAGACCAAGCAGCUGCUUCCUCCACCUUCGCCUCAUCUUCUUCGUCAUAACCCGCAGGUGGAGAAAACACUGAUGGAAACUCGAAGGAGACUGGAGCAGGAGCGGCUCCUGAUGCAGCCACCAGUCAGUGAGCCACCUCGUAGGCGAUUAGCCAGUUUUGGAGGAAUGGGGUCUUCCAGUUCCCUGUCCUCUUACAGUGGGUCCUAUGGACCAAGCCAGAUUUCUCCCAGCUCCCAUUCUUUCCAACAUAAUGGUCAUCUAGGCAAUGGGGAAUACAACCCCUACUUCACAUCCUCUAUGGGCAGUUCAAUCCGCCACAGUCCCCUGAGCUCAGGCAUGACCACACCAGUGACCAAUGUUAGCCCCUUGCACCUCCAGCACAUUCGAGAACAGAUGGUAGUAGCGCUAAAGAGACUAAAAGAGUUGGAGGAGCAGGUAAAGACAAUCCCAAUCCUUCAAGUCAAGAUCUCAGUCUUGCAAGAAGAGAAAAGACAACUAGUAUCCCAGAAGAAUAACUCUAAGGUAGUGGGGCAAGGAUCAGGUGGAUGUUUCAGGAAGCGCUCCUUUAGCGUUGGCAGUGCUGAUCAAUAUGAGCCCCUGUCCCAGAUCAAGACAGGUUCUGAGCUUCACAUUGAGGAGAUUGAUAACACUGAGCAGAGCACUCAAAGGCUACAGGAGUUCAGGCAAUUAACGGCUGAAGUGGAAGCCCUAGAGCGGAACAUACAGGAUAAUGGUGAGGAAAUUAAGCACAGCUUACACCAAACAGAGCUAAGAUCAAACCAAAAUGUCCAGCUGUGGAGCCGUGAAAGCAGGUCCAUUGGUGUCGGAGCUGAUGAGAACAUGAACGAUGUGGUGGUUUACAGGAGGUCACCUGGCAAAAACAAAGAUGUGGCUGUUGGAACUGAACAGGAGGUGAGGAGCACAGGAGUUGGUGUGACUGAAGCCAUGCUAGGCCUGAGCAGUGAGGCAGAAACUGAAAUUGAGAUGCAGCACCAGACCAUCGAAGCCCUCAAAGAGAAGAUUUACAGAUUGGAGGUUCAACUUAAGGAGACGACCCACCAAAUGGAAAUGGGAAAGCUAAAGCUUCAACUGCAAGUUGCUGGAUCUAGGAAAAAGGCAGACAAAGGCUUGAUGGCAAGGCCAGAAAUGUACAGCACGUCAGUGGAGGCAAGAGUGUCCACACAUACCCAAGGUGUGGGCAACCAUGUUGAGCUUAGUGAUGCAAGCACAAACCAUGUCCAUCAAAUGAAUUCAGUGGGCAUUACUUGCAGACCGGAUGCAAGGCAUGUUUUAGUGGGUCCAGAGUUGCCAAUGGAUCGAUGGAUUGUACAAGAACGUACUGAGGUUCAAGAUCAGUGUGUCGGCAGGCAUGUUGUGAUGUGCAGCCAGAGUGUGGGAGUGGAAUUAAGCGUAUGUGAAAUGGGAAUCAACACGGAGUUAACAGCUGAAGGUUUAGGACUUUGCAAAAGAGAGGCUGAACAAGCCAAGGAGUUCAGGUCUAUAGGAUGUGGAGAUUGUUCAGUGGAUGUAAUGGUUAGACCCAUCAAGGAGAUGGCAACUCGGAGUACAGGAACAGAUGAAGUUCACAGAACUGACUUUGGAGUCAUGGUCUUACCCAUAUGUGCGUCACAGUACACAAACAUAGAAAUUGAGACAAUAGACAAGUUAACCAAUACAGACAAGUUAGUUCUUACUGAUACCUCCACCAAUACACAAUCAUGCUCAAAAGACAAACAAGUCGGCACCGAACCGUUAGAGACACGUACAAUCGCUGUUGGUGAUGGUCUUGUAAAAGAUGCGCCAGCCACAUUAAAAACCCGUUCAGUUUCAGUAGGUACUACUUCAUCAGACGAUGCUUUUCUUGACAAGUUGCCAUCUUGCAAAACCAAAGAGACUGGAAUUGGCCACACAAGCAUACACGAAAACUUCUUAGUCGGUCAGAAGACAAGGAACAUUGCCUGUGGCCCCUCUCAGUCUCCUACCCCCACCCACGUUAAGAGUAAUUUUGAGGAAUCUGUCUUAACAGAAGGGCCCAACCAGUCACAGGCUGGUGCAGGAGUUGGACUUGAUCACUACAUAGAGAGAGUGCAAAAGCUCUUGCAGGAACAGCAGAUGUUGCUGGCUCAGAACUACAGUGAGCUGGCAGAUGCAUUCGGCCCACCUCAACAAUCCCAGUUCAGUUCCAUCAACAGUGAACUAGUCACUACUCUAUCAUCCAUCAAUUCAGUGUGGAAGUAUGGAAGUCUUGAAGAACUUUGUAACUUGGAUCUUCUAAGGCCGCAGGAGAACUCAAAUCACACCGUGAAAGAAACACAGAUGGUCAGUGCAGUCCAUUCCCACUCGAGCAGUUUGAGGUCAGAGGUCACGCGGAUAGAGAGUGUGUGCACAGACGACAAACAUGAACAGAGUACGGCUGCGCAGAAAAGUCGCAUGGACCAGCAAAUGUCCACAGCAUUGCAUGGCAGUCACAGCACCCUGAAGUCCAUCAUGAAGAAAGAUGGCCAUCAGGGACACAAUGGCACAAAAAAGAACUUGCAGUUUGUUGGAGUAAAUGGAGGCUAUGAGACGACGUCGAGCGAUGACUCCAGCUCAGAGGAGAGCAGCUCUUCUGGGUCAGAGGAUGAAGGGGAUGACAAAAACAAGACAGUGAAUGUGAGAGAAAGGAGGAAAGAAGAAUUCAGGAAUAAUGAAGCCGUGGAUGAAGACAGAGACACUGAAGAUUUAGGCCAGGAUAAAAGGCAGAGGUAUGAGCUGAGUGAGAAGAUGCUUUCAGCAUGCAACAUCCUGAAAUCCCACCUGAACGACCCCAAGGCUUUAUCUAGUAAAGAUGUGAGGCCGUGUGUGAACACCGUGCAGCAUGAGUGGUUCCGAGUGUCCAGUCAGAAGACGGCUGUGGCGGAGAUGGUGGAGGACUAUCUGAAUGCGUUCAGAAGCAUCUCUCCUGCCCUGCUCCAGCACAUUGUAAACAUGGCCGAUGGCAACGGCAACACCGCCCUCCAUUACAGCGUGUCCCAUUCCAACUUCCACAUUGUCAAGAAGCUACUGGAAGCUGAUGUCUGCAAUGUCAAUCAGCAGAAUAAAGCAGGCUAUACGCCUAUCAUGCUUGCAGCGCUCGCCGCCGUAGAGGCUCCGAAGGACAUGAGGGUGGUCGAUGAGCUGUUUAGUAAAGGAGAUGUCAAUGCGAAGGCCAGCCAGGCUGGUCAGACAGGGCUGAUGCUGGCUGUCAGUCAUGGCAGAAUGGACAUGGUGAAAGCUCUGCUAGCCUGUGGUGCGGAUGUCAACAUCCAGGACGACGAGGGCUCGACCGCGCUCAUGUGUGCCAGUGAACACGGCCAUGUGGAGAUAGUGAAGCUGCUGCUGGCUCAGCCAGGCUGUGAUCCCACUCUCAGUGAUAAUGACGAAAGCAACGCAUUGUCUAUUGCUCUGGAAGCAGGACAUAAGGACAUCGCAGUCUUGCUGUACGCCCAUAUGAACUUCUCCAAAGCUCAGUCACCAGGAACUCCUCGACUCGGAAGGAAGACUUCACCCAGCCCUACAAGAAAAGGUCCUGUUUGAUUUAGACAGCUUCUACAGCACCCAUCUGAGCUGCUAUUCCUUCAGGUUCUGUCGUGCCUACCAUUUUCAUCAGCUAGAAACCAAAUCCACAGCUAAAAGACUGAAAACUAUCUUCAAACCUCAACUAAUGAAUAGUAGGCAACUAUACUGAGCACUUUCGCAAAACUUCUCCUCGGUUAUGUCUUUCUCUUUGGCUUUCAGAUUAUUGUACAAACGGACUUGCUAGCUAAAAAUCUGUUGAUGUUUUUUUUAACAUUUUAAACCUUGAAUCCGUACUCACCCUGAAUGUAUUCUCAGCCUGAAAUCACCAGCAUUAUUUUGUCAGAGCUAUAGACGUCUACUGGAACGCGGCUAUGGAGUUGCCUUGUUAUUAUCCUAUAAAGGUUAAAUUGUUUUUAAUAAUAUAUGAAUAUAUAUAUUUGUAUUCUUCCUCUUUAAAGUGAUAUAAAGCUUAUCUACAGUCCAUUUUAUGGUCUUUUUUUUAAGAAUCGAUAAUUUAUAAUUCCAAGUUGUGGCCAAUGUUGCCUGAUAAUGAGCUUUAUAUUUGAACCAUGUAAAUGCUGCCCAGUAUUUUCAGCCUUUUGGGGUUUAAGUCGCUUUUUCUUUAUCGAACCCCCCUCAGAGAUGUCCAGUAUAUCAGAGGUUGAAAUACAGAUAUAUUUGAAACAUAUAUUUUUUAGAUCGAAUACGGUCCUUACUUUUAUACUUGCCAUUUUAUCUAUUUAAAAAUCGCAGUAUUUAGGAAAAUUCAGAUUUUGCUUCAUAACAUGAAGUUAUAUAUUUACCAAUUUAAACGUUUUUAUCGGAAGUAAUUGUAUUUCGUUGUAUAUAAUGUAUGUUUGUGAAAUGUCGAGACAGUAGCUUUGACUGGUCUUUAUGUAAUAAACUGUUAGAUCUAAUAUGUGGAUUUUUCAUGUACUCACAAAUAGAACUUUCAGUAGUAGCCUGUAAGUUGAUAAUAAAGUACUAAAAUGACUUUA